AACAGAGGGGUAGUGUGGAAUCCAGAUACAGUUCCCCUCACAGACUGAAGUGAAAUAUCUUGGCAGCUCUGCCUGACCAUGGAUUACAAAUUUCUCCUGAUCCUGCUCAGCAGUCUUUUACUUCUAGUUGAAAGUGAUGACAAAGAAAAGGCGAGCACAGCUACAGAUAAGAAAGGGCCAAAGAAAACCCCGAUUACAACUGCAGUAAAAUCCUCCCCAAAGAAACCUAAACAAGAAAGCCGCCAGAAAAUCAAGCCAACUACUUCGACAAGUCAAGUGCAGAACACUGGGUCUAUCCUUUCUCAGGUUCUCCAAAGAGGGAAAUAUCAGCAGGUGGGAGAUAGUAUAACUGUAAAGGCUGAUCAGACCUUGGAUCUGAGAUGUAAAGGAACAUCUGUGCGAUGGAAUUACCCACAAUACCUACAUGAGGAUGAUGAAGGAAGGCUCAAGAUCAAACAUUUUGGCAAAUACAGUCAGCUUCUGCUCAUAAAUACCACAGCUGCAGAUACUGGUGAAUUUAGUUGUGGGGGCUAUCAGUGUAAAACAGAGGGCUGCCAUGAUGGUGAAGAGAAAACAGGAAAGACUUUUGUAUUUGUUACAGACCCUCAAGAGCUCUUUGUUCCAACAGAAGACUAUUAUGUGGUUAUCCAGCUGCGUACUAGACAACCCACUCUGCUACCCUGCCAAGUCACUAACCCCCAAGCCAAGGUGACAUUACACCGUGAAUUUCCCCCUGAACAGAUAAACGUUGAUGGAGUAAAAAUCACCUAUGAUGUCAAAAAAGGUUUCAUCAUUUAUCAGCCUCAUCCAUCUCUUGCCGGGUCGUUGUAUUGCAUUGCAGAGUGGGGAAACCUACGACAGAUGUCAACAAAAUACAUGCUGAUAUAUGUCCACUAUCCAUCAUCUUUACCCAAACCUGUGAUAGCAGCCUCUUCAAGUUCAGUUCGUGCCGGAGAAAAUUUUGUUGUUACAUGUACAGUUGUGGGCGAACUGGAGAUCAGCAUGGAAUUUGACUGGAAGUUCCCAGGGCAGCAGAUUGGAAGGCCUCUAUAUGUCAGAGAAAGUACUCACCAGACAAGACAGGGCGGACAGUUAAUGCAAGAAUCUCUGAGUGUUCUGAGUAUAGAUGAAGCUCGGGCUGUGGAUGAUGGAACUUACACCUGCACUGCCCAAAACCUGCAGGGUAGCACAACAGUAACUACAAAAGUCACUGUGUUACCUUCAGCAGUCAGAGGAAGGAAUCAAAGGAGCACGGCUUAAUUUUGGAUGGACCAGAAGGAAGUCGCUAUUAUUUUAAGACAAGAAAUUUUUGGAAUGUUUUCAAGAUUGUUCUUUUCAUUCAGAUGCUUGCUGAAUAUCUACAAUUAAUGAAUUAACUGAAUCCUGCAAAAAUGAUGCAGCUGAGUGGAGGAUACAUUAAUAAAUGGAAUGCACAUUUUUCUCAUACAUUACGCUGUUGAAAUGAUAUUAUAUGGAAAACAGUUCAUUUCUUUUUUAAAUAUGAAUAUUUCUUUGGUCUGUAUGUUUUGCAUAGUGUAGACUUAAAACAUGGUUUUUUUUCCACAAAUACAUGCGCCCAAACAUUUAUUUACUAUUCUUAUAAAGAUAUUUUGUAUGUUUAGCAUAUACCGGUUUUUAAAUAAAGUGGUAAUAAAUUUAUAAUCCUAUAAC